AUGUAUCUCAACAAUGCGAUCAGAAGCAAUACAGCUUUUCAAGGCAAUGGAGUGGAAGAAACCUUCGACAUGGACCUGGAACCUGAGGAUCUUGACGUUCUCUUAGACGAUACCGAUGACCAGGGAAUAGAAGGCAUGAAUUCCGCGGACAUCGAAAUUAACAACGAGGACGAUGGCUCGACCCUACAAGAGCCGGAGCCGCAGCCUGGCGAUCUAGGAGUCCAGAAGAGCGUCACAAGUGCGGUCACUGAUUUCACGAGGAGACGGAAUUGGACGCAGCGAAUACUUGCGGAGAUGCGGGAUGUUCUUGUUGUGUUAAGCCCGGAUGGCAAAGUUCUUUAUUCUUCCCCAGCGACGAAAUCGAUUACAAACUACGAGCCGAAAGAUUUAGAAAGCCGAUUUCUCUCCGAGCUCAUGCAUGGUGAUGACCGAGCGGCUUUCAUCCGGGAGUUCAACGAGUCCAUCGCAACAGGCCACCGCCUUAGGUAUCAUUUCCGAUUUCGAAAGCCCAGUGGAGAAUUCACUAUUUUAGAAGCCUCUGGCCAUGCGCACAUGUCCCGCGAAAAGACUACGCUUGGAACGGGAAAAGAAGGAAAUCGCUGCGAUGGCUUCUUCCUUGUCUGUCGCCCUUACCCUACUACAAACAAUUCGCUUUUAGACUCUUUCUUGGAACACAAAGUUGAGAACAUGCGGCUGAAUAGGAGGAUUGCUGACUUGAAGAAGGAAGAAGAGGAAGAACUUCGAGCUCAGCAGCAGUGGGUUUCUCAGUCCGAUAACUCGGGAACUUUAAGCCCCGAUGAUGAAAUCGAAGCUCACAACAGUGCGCCCACUGCUUUCACCGACCAGGGUAUGAUGCUGCCACCAGCCAGACCCAGUGUGUCGACUUCUGGGCAAAGCGGUUAUACGUCAUUGAUGACAAUGGAUAGUAACAUUGACACAAUUUCUCGAAGUGACACGUCUUCAGUUCUCGAUGGCAUUGAGAUGCUCACAGGCCUGCGGUAUGGCGAAGGCGAACGAUCAAGGGGCCUUAGUACGGGCGAAAGAGAUGGAGCGUUGUUUCAGGAACAUGGAGACGUCCAUCAUCUUAGCUUCAGCUCGGAGGAGAAUGAGAAAAAGAAGAGAAUCAAGACGACAGAAGAAUAUGUGUGCACUGACUGUGGUACUUUGGCUUCUCCUGAAUGGAGAAAGGGUCCCAGCGGACCGAAGACACUCUGCAAUGCAUGCGGUUUGCGCUGGGCUAAGAAGGAAAGGAAGCGUCAGGGAUCACUUCAGUCAUCUAAUCAAUCCUGA